CAGCAGCCCAGUCUGUCUGCUUGCAACAGAGGAAAGAGGAGAAAGCCAGCUGGCAUCCGCAGCUCUCUUAGAUCCCUUUGCCCAGGAGAUGGAUGGAUGUACCUCCUUGCUAUUUUAGCUUGGAAAGAGGAUUCACAUCCGCAGCCUUAGGAAAGCUGGACAUCAGUGCCUAAGAAAUAAGCCAAGCCUCUAUCUCUCUCUCUGUCUCUCUCUGUCUCAGAGCCUGCCACAAUGCAGAAACCCUGGCAUCCCAAGGAAGCAGUCAGAAAGUGGACUCCAACUGUGUUCUCUUAUUAGGAAAACCAAAAUCUCCCAUCUCCAGAAGCCAGACAGUCAUUUGUCUCCUCCAGAGCAUCCGAAAUGUUGGAAGGGGAUGCUUUUUGGACAAAACCUUCUUCUUCGCCGCAGGUACCUACCAAGCAAUAGCCUGGAGGGUCUGCAUCUUCUCUGGUCAGAUUUCUGAUGAAAGAAAGAGCACGUGUCCCGAUUCUUCUGAAAAGUGGGUCAAUUGAAGGUGGGAAGUGAGAAAGGCCUCUCUUUCCAAUAUGUUCCCUGUCUAGAUGAAAACAACAGGCCGUCUCCAGAAUUAAAUCCAACCAGACUUUAGCUGAGAGAAGUGGUGGGUACGCGGUCCGUUGCGCAACGCCGUUGGCAGGAAAUUCACUUCUGACCUCGGAUGCAUUUCUUUUUCCAGAAGAGGACAGACAUAUCUUGUUUUUUACCCAAGAGAGAUUUCAGGUAAAUAAAAUGACAUAAAUCCUAUGGAGUUGGAUUGACUGGUGCUGCCACUUUGCUGGGCAAAGAGACGUGACGGAUUUCUCUAAUGAGAACUACUUUCCUACGCGAGGGAAGGAGGUCAAGAUCUUGGAGGAACCGUCCGACGCUGAGACAUAAAUUGCCUCCCGAGGAUCCUCUGGAGAGCCUUGUUGCAGAAGGACAACUCCACAGAGACAAUGGACAUGACCUAAAUAAGCAAUGACUGAGGCCUACUUCAGAUACCGUGGAAAUCUUACCGGCCGUGCCCACCCGCCCCCCACCCUGGCUACGGAAGUGACCGCCGCCGAUAAAUACUCCAACUUGUACCUGUACGUUGGGUUGUUCCUCACGCUGCUGGCCAUCCUGCUCAUCCUCCUGUUCACGAUGCUCCUGAGAUUGAAGCACGUCAUCUCCCCCAUCACUACGUCUCCCGAAAGCACAGAGAACACCCAACAGUUCACGGAUGUCGAAAUGCACGGCAGGAUCCCCACCCCUUAGGGAUCGGGAGCGACUGGCUGCGCAGAAGACAUCUAUGAUGGCGAAGAAACUCGUUGUAUUCAGCAGAACGUGGAAACGGAAGAGACCUUUGUCUUUGUGGAAGUCUGGCUAGGUCUUAAUGGAUCUGAUUUGCCUUGAGAAGGGAAGCAAAUGCCCAACAAGUUUAGCCAGCUACUAGGAGCUGCAAAUAACAUGCGCUUUGGUGUCUGGUUGCAACCCACCAUCGGACACAUGAACACACAAUCUUGCCUUAUUCUGUCAGUACUGAUCGCUCUGAUUGACAGGAGUUCUCUGAGAUCCUGGGCAAUGCUCCAGAACUGUGCAAGUCUGAGCUUUGCAUGAUUUCAAAAGUAUCUCAGAAGGCCUACAUUUGUUUGAUUUCAGAAAUAAAAUGGAGGUCUCUUGGAAGACUUUCUAGAAGUGAAGAGAAGCAGGUGGCGCAUCCACCAAAGCCAUUGAGGUUGAGCAUUGGAGGUUGUGGAAGCAACCCAUGCAUCAGUCUGGAUGAUGUGAUACAGACUCAACCUUUUAACAAAUGAUCUCUCUCUCUUGGUGCAUAAUCCAGGAGCUGAAUGAUAAGACAUUUUUAACUCAUUGGUGAGUCCCAAGAGAGUCUGUACAUACUGAUAGACAGAGUGGCACAUGCCAUGAAAGAAACUCAGUUCUAGAGCCUUGCUUUCCAGCAGGUUUGCCACUGAUGAUGAUGAUGAUGAUAUCAGUUUGCUGCCAGUAAAGCAAACAUAUAACGUUUCAGUCUGAGAGUCUCUUCCAGGCAUGGAUCUCACAUAUCUGGCAUGGCUUACCUGCUCACUUGGACCACAGGAACUGGUCCCCAUUUGUACAAACUGGUCCCCAUUGAAAUGGACAUGGACUGAAGGAUGGAUCUUCAUUGAUCAGGAUGUUGUUCCCUGGAUUAACUGGGGUGGACAUGGGACUUAUUGGUGGAUGCUUUUUCUUCUAGGCAGUAAUUCGCCAGAUCCAUCAGAUCAGGUUCAGAGUUUGGAAGUGUUCCUUUCUGGGGACUACAACUCUCAGAAUCCUGGGAGAUUCAGGGACUUGUAGUGCAAGGAGUCAUUUUUUCCACCCAAGUUUGGGAUCAUUUCCACCGGUGCCCAUGGGAGGAGGGGGGGGGGGGGAAGAGUAGUAAAAUAAAGUGAAACUUGGUUAGGAAUCCAGCAGGUAAGGAAUCCAAAAGGACCUCAGAUCUUCUGGACUACAGUUGAGGAAACUUUGGCCAUCCCAGUGUUUUGGAUUUCAGCCAACCAAAUAGAUACCCAGUUCAUUGCCUUAGCUUUCAAAGCUCACAGGCUUCAGCUGCUUCCACACCAUGGAAUUAACUCACUUUGACACCGCUUUAACUGUUGUGCAUCCUAUGGAAUCCUGGCAUUUGUAGUUUGGCAUCGCACUGGGGCUCUCUGACAGAGAAAUUUAAAUAUCUCACAAAACUACAAAUCCCAGCAGUCCAUAGCAUUGAGCCAUGGCAGUUAAAGCGACAUGGAACUGCAUUAAUUCUGCAGUGCAGAUGCAGCCCUCUUUAUUAGGCCAAAAUGGUGUUGAAAAAUGAAAUCCAAGUGACGGUAUUUAAAGAAACAUUUGAAAAUGGGGAAGGCUUGUUUUAAAAACAGAGAGGUCCUAAAUGAAAAGGUUGGCUGCAGGCUGGUAGGACUAGCCCUGUGAAUCCAUAGUUUUUGCUUUACAACAACUCUGUGUAGAUAGACCUCUGCAUAAAUAACAAUAUUGGUAACCCAAUAUCACUGAUUAUCAUUUCGAAGUUAGAAGUCCUCGAACUAUUUUUCUUGGAAGGAAAUAAGUGUGUCAGGGUCACUGUUUCUCAGCAUAGAGGAGUUUGGAGAGAAGAACUAACCUCAGCUCCAUCUUGCAAUUUAGCCUAGAAAUAAAACUCCAGAGGGGAAUUCUACUGCGCAACGUUCGUGCGCCAAUUCCCCCCUCUCUAUGAACCUUGAAAGCGCCAAUUCCCCAAACUCGAAUCCAUGGCUAAAAUUAGCCACGGCACCUACUCCCUUGACUGUAACAGUAACAAGAAUGUAUUCAUCUAAUGUAUUAGAAAUAGUAAGGUGGUUUUAAACAUGUGCCCACAGGCAUAAAUGCACCGUGCGAAGUUUCCUUGGUGUGGCUUUAUCUUCUUUCACCUCGUAGUUUGGGGGAAUUUCGAGUACGCGAGAAAAAUGUGACAUAAUAACAGGAUUGGUCUUGUUCCAGGGUGCUAGAAACAGACCCCAGAGCCCCAUUGCAUUGAGCCAUGGCAGUUAGUUAAAGUGGUGUCAACCUGCAUCAGUUCUGCCAUGUAGAUCCAACCUGAGGUUUGCAUCACACUUUGGGUACGUCAUUCAGGUUUCAAAGCCUAAGGUAAAUCUCUAAAGUGAGGGGCACAACUUGAGAUCUGGGGGACACCUACAGAGCCCAACAAGGCAUGAUGUGCAGCUCUUAGGUCUAAAUUAUGUGUAUGUAUGUGCAGAUGCAUACAUGUACCCUACUCCUGCUAGAUGCAGCUCUGAGGGGUGAUAAAUGUAUGCAUCUGGUAUGAAAGCAUGUUUAAAAAUCAGGUUGUUCUAGCAGUGGUCUGGAAAUGACUAAUGUUUUAUGCACUCUGUUAAAAAGAUGCCUGGGCAAAGCUUCAGUCCAUCAGAAGAUACAUGCAAGUUAAAGAGGCUUUGUGCUAAUAUCCAGGGAUAACCUCUGGAAAGAAUGGAAGAUGUCUUCAGCCACUAGGCUUGGCAUGAUGGCAUGGAUGGCUCACCUUGGGCUGCUCAUAGUCUACAAGGUUAGCCAUCUACUCCAAGGAGACCAGACCAAAGCAACCUUGCUCUAGAACCAGGGAUGGAGCCUUCAGGGUCUUCUGAGAUGCCUUCUCCUCCAUGGAAGUCCCCAGACUGGAUCCGGACAUC